AUGGCAGCCAACACACCCGACAACCUCCUCAAGCUUGCUUCCGAGCUCUCCAAUCUCGGCGCCGAACUGGCUGCAGUCGGUGGCAAGCUCGCAUCAGCUGCUACAUUACUCGAGCAGGAAGCUGCGAAUGUUGCGUUGGAAAAUUCUAAGCGGUGGGGCGUGGACGUGCAGGUCGCUGUGAGAGCGGGACCGUAUGGAACGCCGGGAAGUUUUAUCGAGGUGAAGAAGUAG